AUUUUUAACUUUGUAACAGCUCACAAUCAAUCAGUAGUGCUGGGUCAGACAAUUCUUAAACCCGACCAUAGUAAAGCGACAGACAGACAGACAUCAAAAUUUCUAGAAACCCCAAAAACACAACCAUCCGAUUUUGUAGUCUUCCUGUUCUUCCCACCGCAACAACUCAUCAAAACCGUUCUCAUUCGGAGAGAUUAUUGAUUAACAUCAUCGCUGCAUAUAACUUCACAGUUCAAAAAUUGAUUCUUCUUCUUCUUCUUAAUAAAGUUUUAAGAAAAAGCUUUAAUUUUGAGGGUGAAAUCAGUGACCCAGAAGCUUGAUUUAUUGAAACAGCGAGAGUGUGUGUGGAAUGCAGAAACCGAAGUUGAUUUCGUUGGUAUUGUUGAGGAAGUUGUUAACUGCAGCUAUAUUCUCAAUUGCUUUUGUGGCUCUAUUCUCUGUUCCUCACAUUGUUCCUUCUUCUAAGGAUCAUAAGUUCAAUGACAAGUUCCCCACGACUAAGAAUCUGCAAAGCUGGACUCAAGAGCUAGCUCCACCCCAUUUAUCAAAAACACUACUUCAUACUUCCAAGUUGAAUGGUUCAAAAAGGGAUUCAAAUUAUGAGAAGCUGUGGAAGCCUCCAUCAAAUCGUGGGUUUCUUCCAUGCACAAAGCCUACUCCUAAUUACACUGCUCCUGUUGAGUCAAGAGGAUAUCUUUUAGUUCAUACAAAUGGUGGGCUCAACCAAAUGCGUUCUGGGAUAUGUGAUAUGGUAGCUGUAGCUCGUAUCCUAAAUGCUACUCUUGUAAUUCCAGAACUUGAUAAAAGAUCAUUUUGGCAAGAUACAAGCAAUUUCUCUGAUGUUUUUGAUGAAGAGCAUUUUAUCGAUUCACUAGCUAAUGAUGUAAAAAUCGUUAAGAACCUUCCCAAUGAACUGGUUAAUGAAACCAGAAUGGUCAAGCAAUUUAUAAGCUGGUCUGGCAUGGAUUACUAUGAGAAUGAGAUUGCUAGCUUGUGGGAAGAAUACCAAGUUAUUCGUGCUUCCAAAUCCGAUUCGCGGUUGGCAAACAACCAUCUACCUCCAGACAUUCAGAAGCUUCGCUGCCGAGCUUGUUAUGAAGCUCUUCGUUUCUCUCCUCACAUUGAACAAAUAGGAAAAUUAUUGGUGGAGAGAAUGAGGUCAUUGGGUCCUUAUAUUGCCUUGCAUUUACGUUAUGAGAAGGAUAUGCUUGCAUUUAGUGGGUGCACGCACGAUUUAUCUCUAGAUGAAGCUGAAGAGCUACGGAUUAUCAGAGAGAACACUUCCUAUUGGAAAGUUAAAGAUAUUGAUCCCGUAGAACAGAGGUCCAGGGGGUUUUGCCCCUUAACUCCAAAGGAAGUUGGAAUUUUUCUUACUGCUCUCGGAUAUCCAUCAAAUACACCGAUAUAUAUUGCUUCUGGAGAGAUAUAUGGGGGUGAGUCCCAUAUGGCUGAACUGCGAUCACGUUAUCCGUUGUUAAUGAGCAAGGAAAAGUUGGCAUCCGUUGAGGAGCUUGAGCCCUUUCUGAAUCAUGCUUCUCAAAUGGCUGCUCUUGACUAUAUUGUAUCUAUUGAAAGUGAUGUAUUUAUACAGUCUUAUUCUGGAAACAUGGCAAGAGCAGUUGAAGGUCAUCGCCGUUUUCUUGGGCGUGGAAGAUCAAUAUCUCCUGAUAGGAAAGCCCUUGUUCGUCUCUUUGAUAAACUGGAUCAGGGAACAAUGACCGAGGGGAAAAAACUGUCAUAUAGGAUUAUUGAUCUCCACAGAAGACGACUUGGCUCCCCUAGAAAGAGAAAAGGGCCAAUUUCUGGAACAAAGGGCAUGGACAGGUUUCGCUCUGAAGAAACCUUUUAUGCUAAUCCCUUACCUGAUUGUUUAUGCCGGACAGAACCAUCACUGCAAAACAUUUCUCACAUCGCCCAAUAAAUGAGAUACUACAUGACUUUUUUCUUAGAAAAAUCCAUUAGUACAAAGGCGGCACUUGUGUAAACUGCCGAAGUAAGAGGCAUUGAAGUGUAUGUGCAGCUGGAAGGUGUGGCCGCAGAGUGUAUAUAUCAGUAUCGGUUUUCCAUUAACCAUUUAGAUUUUGAAGAAAAAAAUAAAGAAAAGGAAAGAAAACCCAUAUUCGGGUUUUGAUAUAUACGAUUAUGUGUUGGGAUGAGAAGUUCUUGAAAGAUGGAGCUUUGAGAAGACUGGAUUCAUUCAUUCUGUUAAUUGACUUAUUUAUAGAGGUAAAAAGGCUUUCAGAUGUGGUCAGGGAUUCAACCAUACAUGUUAUUGAAUUUCUUUAUGAUAAAUCCUAAGUAGUUCUACUUAAUGUAAAUUCUCUAGUAUUUAUUUUUUGGAUACGAAAUUCUCUAGUAUUUAUUUUAUUCAAGUGAUUUCAGCA